CCACCCUGAAUUCUCCUCUCCUGGGUGCAGGGACUUUGCUCUAGAAGUUGGAGGAGUCAUGUGACCUGUGUCUUCUUGUUGUCACAUGUUGAACUGUCGCCCGCUGAGUGUCCGUACUCAGCGCCCCUCUCCCUGGUCUAUUUCAGUCUGGAGGUGGUGGUCUCACUGCUGGAGGUGGUGGUCUCGCUACUGCAUGAAGAAGUGUCCAUUACCCCGACUGUAAGUCAGAAGGCACGACCAUCAUCAUGUACACCUUCCUGCCUGAGAACAUCACUCCGCUCAAGCAGAAGGUUCCUAAGGAGCAGAAGGCGUUGAUUGGCGCAGUCCUGGUGGGCGUCAUCCUGGUCAUAGGCGCAGUGGUCUCCUGGUGCUACUACUCCAUCUCCCUGCGCAAAGCUGAUCGUCUGAAGACCGAGCUCCUGUACCUGAAGAAAGAUGGGUUCAUCAUACACAACCAACAAGGCAAGGUGGUCUUCAGAAUGGCUUUCCAGUCCGGAAUUCUUGAUUUAGAUUCCUGUGCGAAGUACGGGGAGAUUUUGUCUUGUACUAGAUCGGACAAGGGGCCGUUGAAAUUUUUUGUUCAGACGGUAACCAAGGACAAGGACACGGUCAUGUGUUACCGCGUGCGCUGGGAGGAGUUUGUGGCCGACACGUCCAUCCUGCAUACCAUGUACUGGGAUAACGCAUAUUGGUACGGAGGAUCUGAGAUGCGCACGCAGCACUGGCCCAUCAAGCUAUCCGGAUACAAAGAACCCAAACCUUUUGUGACCAGUGAUGUCUACUCCUUCAGAGACGGUUUUGGUGGAAUCUUAGAAAGCUACUGGCUCUCCUCCAAUGCGACGGCUAUAAAAAUUAACGCAUCUGUCCCUUUCCAUCUGGGGUGGAACAGCACAGAAAAGGUGUUUUUCUUUGAAGCGAGGUAUAAGGAUUCCCCGUAUAAGCCUCCUCCCGGCAAACAGCCCUUUCCGGAGCUGAGCUAUAGAGUGUGCGUCGGAUUAGACGUCACCUCCAUCCACAAGUACAUGGUGAGGAGAUAUUUUAACAAGCCGACCAGGAUCCCUUCGGAAAGUGCCUUCAAAUACCCUAUCUGGUCCACAUGGGCACUGUUCAAGACUGACAUCAACCAGGAGAAACUUCUGAACUUCACCGAGAGCAUCAAGCAAUACCACUUUAAUUACAGUCACAUUGAAAUAGAUGACAUGUACUCCAAAUACUACGGAGACUUUGACUUUGAUCCUGUCAAGUUUCCUGAUGCCCCAGCCAUGUUUAAAAAGUUGAAGGAAGAUGGCUUCAAAGUGACCCUGUGGAUUCACCCGUUCAUUAACUAUAACUCCUCCAACUUCGGCAUUGGCAUAGAGCGAGGCCUUUUUGUGAAGGAACCCAGCGGUCGACUACCAGCCAUGGUACAGUGGUGGAAUGGGAUUGGAGCUAUCCUGGAUUUUACAAAUCCCAGUACUAAAGAGUGGUUCCAAAGCAACCUGAGACUUCUGAGGACAAAGUAUGGAAUUUCAUCAUUUAAGUUUGACGCUGGAGAAACCAGCUACCUUCCUAGUCAGUUCAGCACUUACCAGCCCUUGUCCGAUCCCAACAUUUUCAGCAGGAGGUACACGGAAAUGGCCGACCAGUUUUAUGACCUCGCUGAGCUCCGAGUUGGUUACCAGUCUCAAAACAUAUCAUGUUUCUUUAGAAUCAUUGACCGGGACUCUGAAUGGGGCUAUGAGCUGGGGCUAAAGUCUCUCAUACCCACCGUCCUGACCAUCAGUAUGUUGGGCUACCCCUUCAUCUUGCCGGACAUGAUUGGAGGUAAUGCCUACACCAAUUUCACAAAAGAUAUGAAGGAGCUUUAUAUCCGGUGGCUGGAGCUCUCCGCCUUUAUGCCCUCCAUGCAGUUUUCCAUCCCACCCUGGGUUUUUGAUAAGGAGGUCAUUGAAAUUGCUCAGAAAUUCACCAAAAUCCACGAGUAUUUGGUCGCCCCUCUAUUGCUGGAACUUGCGGGAGAAGUCACCAACACUGGAGAUCCCAUCAUACGCCCAAUUUGGUGGAUUUCUCCGAACGAUGAAGCCGCACAUAAGAUUGAUUCUCAGUUUUUGAUAGGAGACACCUUAAUGGUGGCCCCAGUGCUAGAGCCAGGAAAACUGGAACGUGACGUCUACCUACCUGCCGGCAAAUGGCGUAGCUACAAAGGGGAACUUUUCCAGAGGACACCUAUACUAUUGACGGACUAUCCCGUAGACUUGGAUGAAGUGGCCUAUUUCACCUGGGUGUCUUAAAUGCCGGGUUCCAGCACGGUAACAGUGCAGCAUUUUUGCUUCUCACCAGCAAAUCAUCCAGAAACAUCAAGUAUUAACCCGACUUAUCCUCCGAGAAGACUAACCGGCCACAAUGUCUUCCAAUAUGGCUGCACUUGUGACUUCAUUUCACGUUUGGAAAUCCAUUGCGUGUAGAGCUACAUCUUAUACUCUGGUCAUCUCCCGAGCUGUACUCAAAAUUCUGUCAGUUCCUCUUGGCCGUAGACGGUAGUCUAGCUCCACCCCGUCAGAUAGGUGGCCUAAGAACUCAACUCUGUGUCAUGUGAGCUCCCACAAUGCACUGCCUUCUGAUCACAGGAAACUAGCAGAAUUAAGAGUGCAGCUCUGGGGGAGACCGGAGUAUAUGCCCAAGAUUAAUUGUGUAAGGUUCUGAAGGUGCGCCUCCUUUAUGGACGUUCUGUCUGCACAAGUUAUCUCCCAUCGGGUCGGCUUAGGUUCCUCAGAGGCGGGUCCGUGGUGAUGUAGAGAUUCCGGGCUGAUACUAUGUGCAGUUUAACUCAUGCUAAGAAAGGAAUGAUAGGGCAUAGCCCCUCGCUCCCCUCCCACCUGUGUAAGCUGUGACCCCCUCCAUCGGGGUCGCUGGUGCUGUUUGUAGCUUAUUUUUCUUUUCUCUGUAACCCUAUAGAUUGCCCGAUAUUCAGUAUAAUAAGGGAAACGUGAGUAGAUGCCGGCAGAAGGGGUCUCGCCCAUCGAGGACGUAAAACUCCGCUAGGAUCAUAGUGACCAGUAUAUGGCACCAUUUUAUUUAAUUUUUUUGGCUGUAUAAGGGGUUAAGGGGUGUGGCCAGACGGUCGCCAUAUUGUGACUUAUGGAUCAUCUCAUUGUAUAUAGUAUUCUACACGAUUUCACCAGCGUAACAAUAGUACGAAGCGCCGCGGGAAGUAAAUACAUUGCCAGUUCCACCAAUAAACCCUUAAAGGAGAACUCGUCGUACACCGCUCCCCAUAGCGAGUGCCCCGCCUUUACGUCAUGAUGUCAUUGUGGGUCAUUGGGCGUAAGUGCGGAAGCGGGAAGGUUCCUUUAACUGAAAUCUCAAGAUCCGAGAUAAAGAUCAGAGAUUUUGAUCGCUUCCGGUUAUUUUGGUGAGAUUGAUGUAAUGACUGUAGACUCUUCUGGCAGCUCACUAAUAUAAUAUAUCCUACUGCAAUGCAUUGUGGGACAUAAUCAGCCCCUCCCCCUGCUACCUAUGAAGACAAAGCUAGAGCCGUUAUAAUACGUGUAAUAAGUCAGCCACUGGAUGGUGCAUCUGCUCCCCCUGGUGGGUGAGGAGGAGAACUGCACUGACAUAUUGCUCUUAGGAGACCGUUAGUUGUCUUCCCCGUCCAGAUUUCAUCUGAGUUGAUGUCUCUAAUGUUUCCAGGAUUUUCUGUAGCUGUGAGGAUCUUCGUUGUGGUCUGAGGCUGUGAUCAUCUUUGCGUCCAAUGUCUCCACCGCCUUCUAAGUGCUUCCUCUUGCACCAUGCACCCGCCUGCUGAUUGCACUUCUUCCAGGCAUAUAGAUGUGUUUCUUGUGUUCCAACCUUCCUCGUAGCGGCCAAUCAGAUUGAAGCUUAUUUACACGUGGGGCAAGUUCAGAUAUCCCAUAGGAUGGUGGUAAGAAGCCCGGUGGCGUUUGCCGCAGUUGAGUUGGUGAAGGCUGCACAGUGCCAGGCAGCUGCUGAGAGAAGGUUCUUGUAGUGCAGGGAACAGCAACCUCCGGCCUCCAGCGCUGGUGAAACGUCAACUCCCAACAUGCUCCGUUCACUUCUAUGGGCGUUCUGACAACAGUCAAGCAAGUGUGCAUGCUGGGAGUGGUAGUUUCACCACAGCUGGAGUGCCGGAGGUUGCUGAUCCCUGUUCUCAUGUUUUCUGUUUGUGACGUCAUUUGGACGUCGUGGUGACAACAUUUAUAGGAUUUAUGUAAUUUGAGUUUAAAUGCCUAAAUAGAGCACUAAAAUAAAAUAACCACAAUUAUUAACAUCUUCACGACAUUCACCGUUCAGGUAUGGCGGAUGGCGGCACUUUAAAGAUGGCGCCUGCUCCAGAGCGUAUUGGGCACCAUAGCCACCGUCUUUCACACAGGAGAUGCCUGAGGCUAAUGUCUGCGAUCGGCUAUAACGCCGAUCACAGAUAUUCAACCCUUAGUGGUCAUUUGUGACCAUGGAGGUAGGGUUGCAGCGGGUAUCGAAUUAUCGAUACCGAAUCAAUACUUUUGUACAAGUAUCGAUUCGAUAACUGGAUUUGACUUUUACCGAUACUAGGCUGUGCAGUAGUGCUACUGCACAGCCUAGUAACAGAGAACAUGGCGCACGCUGCUCUCAGCGCGCUCCAUGUUCUCCUCAGCAGCACGGGGAGAAGGAGUCUCUUUGUCCUUCCGCCCUGUGCUGCUACUGCCAAUAAAAAGAAAGAGGGGCGGAGAAGGGGAGGGGCUGUGGCCACUGCGCCACCAAUGAUGAUAACUGACCAAUUAAUACAAAUUCCUGAGGCGAGUGUCGGCGGCAGAAUCACAUACCCGACACCCGGCCUUUAUGACAGGGCGCUGCAAUCC